CCGGCCCGCCGUGUGCGUGUCCGCCUCGUCCACCGCACCGUCCCUAUCCGUGGCGUGGAGCACGCCGGCACACGGGGAGAGGAAAAUCCCAAACAAAAUAGACAAAGAACAAGCGUGGCCAGCCACUCGUUUCCCUCCGGGCUGAGCUCCGGCCACUCCUGUCGUCUCCUCCUCCUCGUCGCGCCAAUGGACGCGGCCGUCGCGCUCCCGCUCCCCGCCACGCUCCCGCCGCCCCACCUCAACCACCACCGCGCGCUCCCGCCCAGGCGCCACUCCUCCGCCGCCGCCGCGGCGCCGCCCAAGGCUCCGGCUCCCGCCGCCCCGCGCCUGAGUCUCGCCGCGCGGCCCCUGUCGCCGGCGCGCUCGGCGUCGUCCGCCGCGCCCGCUUGCUCCAGCCGCGCCGCCACGGGGUACGCGGCCGCGCUGGCCGACGCGUGCGCGCGCGCGGGCACGCUGCGCCGGGCCGCACGCAACGCGCGCGCGCUGCUGUCCCGCCGGCACGGAGACAGAGCAAGCUCCGAGGAGGACGAGGAGCUGGACGCGCGGGUGGCGGCGCUGGUGAGGAUGCUCGUCGGCAAGGGCAAGGCCGGGAUGGUCGCCGAGGCCUUGGCCGAGUUCGCCGCCAUCUGCGACCACCUGCUGCCGCCUCCCGCGCGCCACGCCUACUAGUUGCUGCUGUAGCAGAUAGUAUGUUCUUCAGAAACGUUGCGUUAACCGGCUGUAGUAUAGUAAGCUCGUUCAUGCUUGGACUCUGCUGGUGCUGCAUCUUGUAAGGACUGGGUGAUGUUAGGCUUUGUAUAAUUGCCAUUGAUUGUUAUCAUAUGGAAACUCUUGAUCCCUAGAAUAUUGUACCAGCAUUUUCUACUAA